AAGUUUGUUUAUUUCGCAACCGUUGGUUGCGCGCGGGGUGUAAUGGCAGCUUCGCAAGUUCAGAAAACCAUGAGUUCGGAUGAGAAAGAAGCGAGAUCUGUCUGGAAAAAUUUGGCCUCUGAAUAUACGACGAUGUACGCGCCAUGGCCAAAGCAGGAGAAGUUUAGCAUUCGACCGCCAUCUAACGGCGAGUUUAUAUACGACGCCAAAGCGGAACACGACAUGCAAACGAUGUACGAUGCAAACUAUAUCACUCAUGAAAGUGCAAUGAGGUCUAAAUGCGUCCCACCCAAAUCCGUGCACCAGCAGAUUGUGAAUCAGAAAAUGAACUGCUUAUCCACAUAUGAUGAUAGUUAUAAGUAUAAGAAAGGCGAUCGAAGACCAGCAUUUCGACCGAAUCCUACCGACCACCAACCUAUACAAGGUAACUGUCAACCUGAGAUUACGUCAGUAAACCAAGAGACGUAUAGAGCUUACACCAAACCAGAGUUCAACGCCGCUAAACGCGACUUGAUUAUAAUAGAGCAAGAAUGUGGUGUUCUCCCUACAGGAAAAGAUGUGCCGCUAAUUACAACCGUACAGGAAACUUUCCGGUCCCCGAAUUCUCCCUCCAGACGACAACCAAUUAUACCCGAAACUUGCUCGUUAUUGAAUAAGUCGAAAAUGGCAUUACAAACUACUCACAUGGCGGAUUAUACAAGAAAGCAACAAACACGACCUCCAAGUGCGGUCCCUGCGCUUAAAAAAGAUAGACAGGCGGCAAUACAAUGGAAAACUCCGGGCGUGAAGCUGAAUUUCACUUCCACGUUCCAGAACGAUUAUAUAAAUCACAUGAACGUGCGACGACCGAAGUCCUUCAAGCCUCUGCAUUGUUAUGUUGCUUCCGACACCCCAUUCGCGAACAAGACGCAUUACAGUCACGAUUUUAGCGAAAAACCUCUACAGGGCUUUCGACCAGAGCUAUGGCGCCCAGAAGCCAAUCUUAAAAUACUCGACAAGGGUUUGUUUCAGGAUACAACACAAUAUAGGGACACGCAUUGCCAAACCAAAUAUCCAGUGGAACGUACGAUGCUGAUCAAGCCAAAAUCAACUCAUUACGGUCCAACCAAGAAAUUUUACGACGACACGUCCUACAGCGCCAACUACAGGCGUUUUGAUUCGGGUGUUGGUCGAAGCGAAAACUUUAAACCUGUUCGUAAAUAUACACCUCCAGAUAUCGCAUUCAAUGUUGUGUCUACUGCGCAUGCGCACUAUAAAGGCGACCCAGCACCACCGAGCAAGAUUUGCAAACCGGUAACAAACAAAAGAAUCGGAGAAAUUAUAAUUACUUAACAAUUCUAAUGAAAUAAAAUUAUUCAAGUUUUGAUUUUAAAA